UCUUCGAAAGACUCAGAUUGCGAUGUUUGGGAAGAUAAAAAACUCGCUGUUGGGGAGCACAGAAGAGACCCCCUACAAAGUUCUCAGCACGGAGACCAAGGAAGAUGUGAACUACGAAGUGCGUCACUACGAUGGAGGGUUUGCCUGUGUGGACACCGAUAGUCGGUCAUUUGACGAGGCUUCGAGGGAGGCUGUGCUUAAGCUGCUUAAGUACAUGGGGGGCAGCAAUGAUAAAGGCGUUGGGAUGGGAAUGACUGCCCCAGUGUCUAUGAUUGCUUUCCCAAAGGCAGAUGGCUCGUUGUCAGGGAAGCUGAAGGCCGGGCUUCGUCUUCCCACUAAAUUUCACGUGGAACCACCAAAGCCAAUAGACGAGGGCAUCCGGAUUGAAGACCAGCCAGGAAUGACUGUUUAUUCCACGCAAUUUGGAGGCUAUGCAAAAGAGGCAGAUUACCGAUUUCAUGCAAACCGCCUAAUGACUGUGCUGGGAAAUGGUGCACCUUACCAGAAAAAUCAGUAUCUGUGUAAUGUUUAUGAUCCUCCCAUGAAGCCCUACGGACGUCGCAAUGAGGUGUGGCUCCUGCAGGAAGAGCCGUAAAUCAGGGGGGAAAUAAAUCUGAUAACAAAAUGACAGCCAUAGCUGUGAGGGCACGUACGUGUGCAUGUGUGUCUCUCUGUACAUGUGUAUACAUGUGACCAAGUGUGGGGGGUGUGGUUCCUGUUGAGAUGGGAUA